AUGCCGCCCUCUAGCUAUGCAUUCAUCGACUGUUCGGAACCUGGCAGCAUCCGUAAUGCCCGGACGAAGGCUCGUAUUCGCAAGCAUGCCAUGAAAGAUAUAGGCAUCUCACGACGACGACCCCGAACCUGGCACGUGGAGUUGGAGCUUCGUCCGCAACCUGCAGAGGAGGCGACACGACCUGGUUCGGAUGAGGGUCUUUCCGGUGCUGAGACAAGUGCCUACCAUGUCUUGACUCGAAAUCGACAACACCACCUUCCCCGUUCAAACAGCAUGCCGAUGCGAUCUCUCGGCUCCGAACCGUUCGAUGCUUCCCCAUACUACCUUUGGUACUCGUCGGAAUUCCCGAACAACUUUACUUUCUCUCCAUGCGCCUCUCGCGUCGUAUCCGCUGCGAUCCAUGACGAGAUCUUGUUAAGUUGUCUGCUAAGCUCCGCAGCAUCUCGCGUGCAGUACGUCCAUGGAGCUGCAUUGGCACAUGUGCGGAAGCAGGAGGUGUAUUGCACGCACCGCGGUCUUCAACUUCUGCAGGUCUCACUGAAUGGUUCGCAUGUACGGGCAACGCUCCCAAGUGAACGACUAAUCGCCUGUGUCCUAUACUUGGGAGCCGGUGCAAUCUAUCGUGAGGACUUUGAGACUGCGCAGAAACAUAUCGACGCCGCGGUGAAGCUGACAGAGACAAUCGGUGGUACAAAGUGCAUCCAUGACCAACUGACCUUGGUUCGACUGGUCAGUCUGGACGAUACGCUUUCCUGUGCCGCGCUGAAGCCGUGCUCUCUGAGGUGCACCUAUGAUCCAGGACCACUGACGCAUGAUUGCCCGCUGGGUCAACCGCCGCACGGAGCCUUACCCGAUAGCUUUGAGUUCGCAGACAAGCGGUCCAUCCCAAUAGCUUUGCGUGCAGCGUUCCUGGAGAUCGUCGAAUGCCGUCGGCAUAAGAAUGCUCUUGGGCAACUCAAGUCCACCGUAUCUUCGGAAGCGCUUGAAGUCCGACAGUGGGUGACGAUGCGCGGUUUGGCCAUUCGCAACCGUCUAUUGGAGUUCACGUCGACUGACACCAAGGCCAGAGUGCUGAGACUUGCAUUGAUCGUAUGGACCCUUCUUCCGCCAUGCGACCCUCGACAAACUCGAACAGCUCGAACUCUCGCUCAAAGCAUGGUCACUGAGCUCUCUCGCAUCAAGGACUCUUCGUGGAGAGGCCUCGAGAAGAUCAGGCUGUGGUGUCUUCUUAUAGGCUUCUACUCUGCUCAAGAACUGAGCGAGACACGUUCAUGGUACGCCGAAGAGAUCCGCAAACGGGUACGGUGCGAUAGAAGCUUGAUCGGACUGCGGCGCGGGACAUCGCUGAACGAAGAGCUUAUUGCCUUUCAGGAACGUUUUGGCUUCCGCGAACCGACGUUGAGCCAUCUCACCGAGGAUAUUGUCAAGCAUCUAAGAUUUUGGGAUGACUUUGAGAAGGACUGA